AUGUGGUCUAAGAGAUAUAAUAAAAUAUUAUAGAGUUUCAUAAUAAGUACCAAGAAAUAAAGAUGGAAAAAUAAUAGACAUGCCAGAGUAUAAACAUAAACAACAAAAGUAAACAGCAGCACAAGAUACAAAGCUGAAGUUUUACCUGGGUAGCAUGUAAAAGGAUUAUUGCUUUAGUUCAGGAUUUCUGAACAGCAGAACUAAUGACAUUUUGGGCAGGAUACUUCUUUGUUGUGGCAGGCUGUCCAGUAGAUUAUUAGAGGACAGCUAGCCUCUACUCACUAAAUACCAGUAGCACUUCCUCCCCUGAGUUGUGACAACCAAAAAUAUCUCCAAACAUUGUCAAAUGAGGUGCUGAGAGUGGCAAGGGCACAAAAAUUAUGCCCAGUUGAGAAUCACCGUUUUCAUUGCUCUGAAUAAGCAGAUUUUCUGAGCAGCUCUAGAAAAUGUUUUCCUAGCAACUGGUCUAUAUUCCUGAACUACUUUUUCAUUGAGAUGUCAAAUAUUUCAUAUAAUACUUUUCCAGUUCUUUAUUAUUAUAAUCUUGACUCAGCCAGUAUGUUAUUUUGCAACGUCUUUGGAGUGACAUGAUUUAUCAGAAAUAUUUUCCCUUUAAUAAGAUACUUGAACUGCUGAAUCAUUUGGUGUGACUAUUACUUUGAAACUUUUUGUGUGGAAGCCAAUUUCUAUUUCUUUAAUCAUAUUAGAAAAAUAGAAUUAAAUGCUAAUGUCCAUAUACAAUUAAUGUACUUAAUUGAGGGGAAUACCUUUAAUAUGUUUGAAAUAAUCGUGUUACUGACUACCUUUCUUUUUUAUCUUUCCUUGAGUGUCUGGAAAUCCUUCGAAAUCCUUCAAGAAAUUGUCCACGGGUUGUUAAGGCCAGUAAUUAGUUAAUUAGUGUCACAGCUGUCACAAUCCCAACCUGAACAUGAUCUAAACUGAGAUGCCCCUGCUAGCGCAGUAGCUCACAAUUCUGGCAGCACAACUUGUGGUAGGUAUAUAGAAAUAGAUGGAGCUUCUCCCUCAGCUGUAUUCAUGAUCUUCUGAGAGUGAUGCAUGUGGUCAUAAUUAUUUUUAAAUAUAAUCCUUAAGUUUCUGAAGAAAGCAAAUCCAAAAAAAUAAGUCAUAUGGUCUUAAUGUGAACUGGUCCACAGAUUAUAGCACAACUAUAUGCCAAAUCUUCUUCCACUUCCCUGUCUUAUUCCAGAGGGUGAUGGUGGUGGUGUUCAUGUGAUUCACUUCAGUUGAAGGAACAAGAAAGCACGCAUUUCCCAGGAGAAUCACCAUGGUCUACCCCAUCUCCGAACCCAGGCGAAAGGGUUUCCUCAUUGAAAAUGAGAUACAGUCAAAGCAGUAGUAAAGCGAACACCGUUUUAUAGCUGCUAUGGAAAAAAUUAUUGUAUUUUCGCUGUAACACACACACACACACACACACACUCUCUCUCUCUCUCUCUCUCUCUCUCUCUCUCUCUCUCUGCAGUCUCAAGACAGGAUAGUUGAAAAUCUUCAACUUGCAGUGGGAUCUAAGUACCUUCCCUUCCGUCCCCAGUGCCUCCUGAUGUUCGCAAUCUCAUUUCCAAUUCACCAGCGUGCAUGAAUGCAGACUCCAGAUCCAGCGCAGAGCCAAGAAUUCGCUCAGGGGCACCAGCUAAAUAGCAAACAUAUGCCAUGUCAAACAUGUGAAAGCUUCAGCGACUAGGGUACCGCCGGAAACACCAGGUCCAGCCCAGGAAUUUCUAGGUGGAAACACUGACCGCCGAGUUGUUUUAUUCUCUUUGCUUGAUUCAGGCCGGUUUUGAAAGCAGGUGUACCCUCUACCCCGGCUUCAGGAAGGGAAAUCCCGGCCCCCGGCAGCUGCAGAGCUAAGAAAAACCAUCCCGCCAGGCCCCUUCCUGUGGUAACGCGGUCCUAACCCUGCUCUGCCCCACAACCCCACUUCACCCGGAGACGCAGACGCCAGGCUACCUAGCACUUAGUCGCCUCUUCCUCCAGCCUGGUUUCAUAAGCUCUGGAAACCAGGACGUUGUUUCCAUCUUCGCCUUCGCUGCCUGGGCCGCAUGCCUCCCGGGCUUAUUUAGGAAGCGGCGUUAGGGCUACACGUUUGGCUCCAGAAAUUUGUUCAGACCGCGCAGCCGACGCCCUGCAGGGUCAUUUCCGAACGCAUUCCCAAAUAUCCUGGUCCUCUAGCCCUUACCACCCCCUAGCACACGAAACCCCGCCUGGCGGUGGAGCAGGUGUGCUGCUGGUGGCUCGUCGCUGGCUUGGAGAUAGAGGUGCUCCCUACCUGUCCCCUUUCUGACAACACCUGAAACCGUACCGGGGUACAUCCCUCAUCCAAAUCUCCACUUUUAAGGUGUACGAAUUCGAGUUUGGCCUGAACGCCCCCUCCCCGUGCCGACCCUGGAGGCAUCUUCCGUGGGGUCUUUCUCUUCGAACCCAAAGGGGUAAGCUCCUGGGUGCGCCAGGUCCGCCUUUUCCCUGGCCCUGGCAGGGGGCGGAAGUGGAUAGGCUGGGACCUGUGUCUGAUUAGCUGGGAGGGGGAAGCCAUGGUCCCAACCGCUGUCUGCUGCGUUCCAGUCCGUCCAUGCUCUUUCAGGAGGAAGAGGCACUUUACAAGAGAGGAGGGGCAGGGGUCCCAGCACUGAAUACCCUGGCCGGGGUUUUGACAGCUGCCACAGUCUCUGAGCUCCUGCCUCGCGCCCGAACCCGGUCCCUGCCAUGGGGCCCCCUUCCAACUCAGGCUUCUAUGUGAGCCGCGCGGUGGCUCUGCUGCUGGCGGGGCUGGUAGCCGCCCUCCUGCUGGCGCUGGCCGUACUCGCCGCCUUGUACGGUCACUGCGCGCGCGUCCCACCUUCGGGGCUGCCUGGACUCGGGGACUCGGAAGCCGAGUCCUCCCCUCCCCUCAGGCAGAAGCCGACGCGGACCCCGAAACCCAGCAGUGCGCGCGAGCUAGCGGUGACGACCACCCCGAGCGACUGGAGACCCCCGGGGCCCUGGGACCAGUUACGCCUGCCGCCCUGGCUCGUGCCGCUGCACUACGACCUGGAGCUGUGGCCGCAGCUGAGGCCCGACCACCUUCCGGCCGGGUCUUUGCUUUUCACUGGCCGCGUGAAUAUCACCGUGCGCUGUACGGUGGCCACCUCUCGCCUGCUGCUGCAUAGCCUGUUGCAGGACUGCGAGCGCGCCGAGGUGCGGGGCCCCCUGUCCCCGGGCACUGGGAACGCCACAGUGGGCCACGUGCCCGUGGACGACGUGUGGUUCGCGGUGGACACGGAAUACAUGGUGCUGGAGCUCAGUGAGCCCCUGAAACCUGGUAGCAGCUACGAGCUGCAGCUCAGCUUCUCCGGCCUGGUGUAUGAAGACCUCAUGGAGGGACUCUUCCUCAACCUCUACACCGACCAGGGCGAGCGCAGGGCCCUGUUAGCAUCCCAGCUGGAACCAACAUUUGCCAGGUAUGUUUUCCCUUGUUUUGAUGAGCCAGCUCUGAAGGCAACUUUUAAUAUUACAAUUAUUCAUCAUCCAAGUUAUGUGGCCCUUUCCAACAUGCCAAAGCUAGGUCAGUCUGUAAAAGAAGAUGUGAAUGGAAGCAAAUGGACUGUUACUACCUUUUCCACUACGCCCCACAUGCCAACUUACUUAGUUGCAUUUGUUAUAUGCGACUAUGACCAUGUCAACAGAACAGAAAGGGGCAAGGAGAUACGUAUCUGGGCCCGGAAAGAUGCCAUUGCAAAUGGAAGUGUAGACUUUGCUUUGAACAUCACAGGUCCCACCUUCUCUUUUCUGGAGGAUUUGUUUAAUAUCAGUUACUCUCUUCCAAAAGCAGAUAUAAUUGCCUUGCCUAGUUUUGACAACCAUGCAAUGGAAAACUGGGGACUAAUGAUAUUUGAUGAAUCAGUAUUGUUGUUGGAACCAAAAGAUCAACUGACAGAAAAAAAGAUUCUGAUCUCCUACAUUGUCUCCCACGAGAUUGGACACCAGUGGUUUGGAAACUUGGUUACCAUGAAUUGGUGGAACAACAUCUGGCUCAAGGAGGGUUUUGCAUCUUAUUUUGAGUUUGAAGUAAUUAACUACUUUAAUCCUAAACUCCCAAGAAAUGAGAUCUUUUUUUCCAACAUUUUACAUAAUGUCCUCAGAGAAGAUCACGCCCUGGUGACUAGAGCUGUGGCCUUGAAGGUGGAACAUUUCAAAACAAGUGAAAUAGAGGAACUCUAUGACUUAUUUACUUACAGCAAGGGAGCGUCUAUGGCCCGGAUGCUUUCUGGUUUCUUGAAUGAGCAUUUAUUUGUCAGUGCACUCAAGUCAUAUUUGAAGACGUUUUCCUACUCAAAUGCUGAGCAAGAUGAUCUGUGGAGGCAUUUUCAAAUGGCCAUAGAUGACCAGAAUACAGUUAUUUUGCCAGCAACAAUAAAAAAAAUAAUGGACAGUUGGACACACCAGAGUGGUUUUCCAGUGAUCACUUUAAAUGUGUCUACUGGUGUCAUGAAACAGGAGCCAUUUUAUCUUGAAAAGGUUAAAAAUCAGACUCUUCUAACCAGCAAUGACACAUGGAUUGUCCCUAUUCUUUGGAUAAAAAAUGGAACUACGCAAUCUUUAGUUUGGCUAGAUCAAAGAAGCAAAGUAUUCCCUGAAAUGCAAGUUUCAGAUUCUGACCAUGACUGGGUGAUUUUGAAUUUGAAUAUGACUGGAUAUUAUAGAGUUAAUUAUGAUAAAUUAGGUUGGAAGAAACUAAAUCAACAACUUGAAAAGGAUCCUAAGGCUAUUCCUGUUAUUCACAGACUGCAGUUGAUUGAUGAUGCCUUUUCCUUGUCUAAAAACAAUUAUAUUGAGAUUGAAACAGCACUUGAGCUAACCAAGUACCUUGCUGAAGAAGAUGAAAUUAUAGUAUGGCAUACAGUCUUGGUAAACUUGGUAACCAGGGAUCUUGUUUCUGAUGUGAACAACUAUGAUAUAUACCCAUUAUUAAAGAAGUACCUAUUAAAGAGACUUAAUUUAAUAUGGAAUAUUUAUUCAACUAUAAUUCGUGAAAAUGUGUUGGCAUUACAAGAUGACUACUUAGCUCUAAUAUCACUGGGAAAACUUUUUGGAACUGCGUGUUGGUUGGGCCUUGAAGACUGCCUUCAGCUGUCAAAAGAACUCUUCACAAAAUGGGUGGACCAUCCAGAAAAUGAAAUACCUUAUCCAAUUAAAGAUGUGGUUUUAUGUUAUGGCAUUGCCUUGGGAAGUGAUAAAGAGUGGGACAUCUUGUUAAAUACUUACACUAAUACAACAAAGGUAGAAGAAAAGAUUCAACUUGCUUAUGCAAUGAGCUGCAGCAAAGACCCAUGGAUACUUAACAGAUUUAUGGAGUAUGCCAUCAGCACAUCUCCAUUCACUUCUAAUGAAACAAAUGUAAUCGAGAUUGUGGCAGCAUCUGAAGUUGGCCGGUAUGUCGCAAAAGACUUCUUAGUCGACAACUGGCAAGCUGUGAGUAAAAGGUAUGGCACACAAUCAUUGAUCAAUCUAAUAUAUGCAAUAGGGAGAGCCAUAACUACAGAUUUACAGAUUGUGGAGCUGCAGCAGUUUUUCAGUAACAUGUUGGAGGAACACUCGAGGAUCAGCGUUCAUGCCAAAUUACAGACAAUAAAGAAUAAAAAUCUGAAAAACAAGAAGCAAAGUGCCAGGAUGGCUGCUUGGCUAAGGAGAAACACAUAGCUUGUGGCUAUCUUUCAGCACUCCUCUUGCCUAUUAUAAUGUAGUUUGCUCACAGUUUUGUCUUCCAAUACUUUAUGAGUCUGGAAAACCAUACAUUUUGUUUGUAUUUCAGUCACAUUUAUUACUCAGAGUGCCUUUCUUCUCAUAUUGUCAUGUUUGGCCCUGAGGUUGGGUGAUUGCUGACAAUUUUGCCAAUGCUGCUGUAUUUCUGGGAAAGAUGUCACUUCACGUUGGGCUGUAAUCCCACAGAAUUCACUUUAAAUGUUGUGUAAAAACAAAUUAACCUAAGAAAGUCUUGCUUAUUUUGUUGUGAAGGCCAGUGGAAUAUAAAAUCAUUGGCAUUAAUGAGUAGCACAUUCUUUGCUGAGGGAAAUAACAGUUUAGCGAGGCCCGAGGGUUUAUUUAGUUCAACAUUGAAAAUUGAAAAGACUAAUGAGAAGAUAACAUGACAAUGUGAAAAGACAGAAACUCAAAAAGUAUAUUCACUAGAAGACAGAAGAGCCAAAGAAAAGCAAGUUGAAAAAGAAAGAGGAGACAAUUUAACGAGCCCUAAAGGCAAGAAAUGUGUCUUCUCCUGCUCAUUUCUCUCUCCCACAGUAUAUCCUGCAUUGAAUCACAGGUUGCUAGUUACUGAAUUUUAUGGUGUCACAAAAAGACAAAUGAUUGUAGGAUCCAUGGAAGUGCACUUAGGCUUGCUGUGGUGGAGGCCACAGUGGAGAUGAAGGCUUUGCUCUGAAGCUCUUGAUUGUGUAUUCACCAGUGGGAUGGACACCCUUUCGGCCUAAGCGUAUGAGUGAAAAUAAUGAUGUCAAAAGACAAUAGCAAGUAUGGGCUACUAUUUAGGGCAAAAGGAAUCCUGAAAUGAAGGAAACAGAACUACAGGCUAACUGGAGCAUAAUCUUACAGUUUUGCACUCAGGGGAUUAAGUUUGAAACAUGGUGUCUUUUGGCCAAAUUGAACCUACUUGUAAUGUGGACUAACUUACUUUACCCAUUUUGGUCAGUCCCAGUGUAUGGAAUUAGCUUAGUUUUCUCAUGCUUGAUUAAAACAAGACAACUAAAGCCAAUCAUUCCUCUUAUAGACUUUGUGUAUAUGAUUUAAUCUUUUAUUUUAUUUUUAUUUUUGUAGAAUGGGGGUAAAACUACAGAUCUCCACCUCAGGGUGAUAUUUGUAAAGGUUAAGGAGUAUGACAUCAAUUAACAGUCUUUAAAGAUUUACAUAAACUCAAAGCAAUGUGACCUAAGACGUUUUUCCUAUUUCUUGUAUAAGUUAAGGCAGCCAUAAAUGAAAAUACCAAAUAAAAUUUUGCUUUUAUAUUUGCUUCACAAGAGGGUUCUCCCUGAGUGUCAGGGGGAGGCUGUUGGACUUCACCAUGUGGACAAAUGAAAGCACAGGUCAGAGAAUUUCUUCUUCAAAUUUAGAAAUGUAAAUUUUCAGCAAUAAAAUAUCUGCAUGCCU